GCCGGGAGUAGGAGCCUGAGGGUCGCCUUUGCAAGCCAUGGAGGGGCUGGACGGUAAUGGAAGUACAGUGCAAACUGAAGAUUUGUUACCAUGCAAGAUCUGUGGGAGGACUUUUUUCCCAAAUGCACUAAAAAAACAUGUUCCAAUUUGCCAAAAAACUGCUACUAGGAAAAGAAAAACAUUUGACUCCAGCAGACAGAGAGCAGAGGGAACUGAUAUUUCCACAGUAAAACCUCUAAAACCACGGCUGCAGCCAAGAUCUAUUGCAGGGCCAUGCGUUACUCCAGAGCCACCAAAGAAGCCAUCAAAUUGGAGACGAAAACAUGAGGAACUCAUAGCAGCUAUACGAGCAGCCAAAGGAGUUGAUCAGGUUCUUAAAGAAGGUGGCAAGCUACCACCACCGCCACCACCAUCAUACGAUCCAGAUUACAUCCAGUGCCCAUAUUGCCAGAGAAGAUUUAAUGAAGGUGCAGCUGAUCGGCACAUAAAUUUCUGCAAAGAACAGGCAGCACGCAUUUCUAAUAAAGGAAAAGUGGUUACUGAUGCUAAAGGGAAGCUUCCUACUAGAUCCCAGUACAAGUCACCAUCUGUAAAGAAGAUGCCUUCCACAGGGACAACAUCGCCAGCCUCAUCACGUUUGCCACAGCCAAGUACACCUGCAAAUAAAAUGUUGUCUACGAGUGGACCUGUGGGAAGCAAAAUGCAGAGUUCAUCUCCAGCUCAUAAAAACUCACUGAAGACAACAAGCCCACAAACAGGAGGCUCCAUGAAAUCAUGGACAGGAGUGCCUCCUGGUGUAGUGCGAAAUGCUGGCAUGGGCAUGAUGGCAAACAAAAGAAAAGGCUAUGGUACUGAAAGCUACUCUAACAGGACUGGAUACGAGAGUGGAGACUGUUCAUCGUCUGUCAAUGGAGGAAGCUCUAAAAGCAGUGAGGGAAAUUCACCUGCACAGUUACCAAAAUUCUGUUAUGAAUGUGGAGCAAAAUACCCAGUUGAAUCUGCAAAAUUCUGCUGCGAAUGUGGAGUUCGGCGAAUGGUUAUGUGAACAUGAUCUAAAUUAGAAAAAAGAGAACCAGCUCUUUCAUUGCUAUGGCUGCACAGAAACCUGUAUCUUCCCAUCAGAACUCACGCUCAAGCACCAUAGUCAUGUUCCAAGAGCUUGUCUUUUUUGUUGCAGAGUAAUUUAUAUAUAAAUAUACUGUAUAUAAAUGAUAAGUACCUAAAAUUGUGCCAUUCAAGGAGAUAUUCUUGGGACACUGGUAGAAAUUUCUUUAAUGGAGCAAAAUAUUAACUCAAGAAAUAGUAGGGUUUUUGUAAUCCUGUUAUGUAUUAUACCCAUAAAUAAUUUUCUUCUCACUCACCCAUGGAGUACUAAUCCUGAAUAAUUUUAUGUAAAGAAAAUGCUGAAUAAAGAAUUCCUUAUGCUAAAAUAUUAAGUCAGCACAUUACUUGGUGGAGCAGUUCAUCCUGAAUCUUUUAACAUUCGUUCUCCUGACUUCUUGACAUUUU